CACUUUUAUAGUUGUUAAAAUUUAUGGUAUAAGAGAACUACACAAGCUCUAUACAAACCCUUUACUUGUAUUAAUCGAUUCAUUCAAUUCAAUAUUAAUGAACAAGCUUUUCUCUCUACCGAAACUGAACUCCUCUAAUACACAAAAAGCUUCUAAACAAAAUAAAGUCCAUCAUUAUAUAUGCUUAAAUAUAUUAGUAAAAUUAACAUAUAUAGCUACUUUAUAUAUAUAUAUGAAGCUUAAUGAAACCUAUUGCAAUUAAUCUUAAGUAGCUUUCUUUGUCAUUUUUAUAGAGAAACCUAACUACUUUGUUUGUCAUUUUUAUUAAAUUCCAUAUACCUACUACGCUUAUAUAUAUACAUAAAUGUAAGCUACAUUUUGAUUUCAACUAGAAAUAUCUUUAUAAGAUCGUUUGUUUGUCAUCAGUACUGCAUAUUCGACAAAUUAUCAAUCGAUCUUAUAGCAAAUGGAAGGAGUGACUUCGUUGGGAGCAUAUGGUGGUAGAGGUGGUGACCCUUGGAGCUACAUUCUGAAUUCUGGAUUGAAAGAGAUAAUCAUCCAUGUAGAUAAGAAUAUCAAGUCCAUUUCCUUCAAAGACUCCACUGGCUUUACCUCUGGGACAUUCGGUGGCAACAGCCCUGAUAAUUCAGAAAGGGGUAAGGAGAGAAAGAUUGUUCUCGAUUGGGUUUCCGAGUAUUUGAUAUCCAUAAGUGGAACACAUGGUGUGUUUAAUGGUGUAGCUGAUGUUAUCGUUUCACUAUCUUUCCAAACAAAUCUCAAAACAUAUGGACCAUUCGGAACCACUACUAUUGGUAAACCUUUCACCAUCCCCAUAGACAAAGACAACGUACUAGUCGGGUUUUUCGGACGCUGUGGCUACUACCUAGAUGCUCUUGGUGCUUAUGUAAAACCAGAACCAAUCAUUUACUUUGGGGAAUUGGGUGGUUCAGGUGGAAGCCCUUUUAGUUUCACGGUGCGGAUGAGUUGGAUAAAACAGAUCACCAUUUGCCAUGAUAGUUCAAAUAUCAAGUCUCUCUUCUUCAAGGACGGGAAUGACCUCGAGUAUGGACCUUUUGGUGGUGAAGAUCCAAACAAUCGUGGUGUACCAACAACAAUUGAUAUAAAUGGGCCUUCAGAGUUUUUGACGUCCAUAAGUGGGACAUAUGAUAUUUAUUAUGGAAUGAUGGUGAUCACAUCAUUAUCAUUUAUAACAAAUCUUAAAAAAAUACAUGGACCGUUCGGGAACAGCGAAACUGGCCCCACUUUCUCCCACCAAACACAAGAUGGCGCCAUUGUUGGGUUCCAUGGAAAAUCAGGCCACUUCAUUGAUUCAAUUGGCGUUUAUGUCAAACUGAACUAAGGUUGAAGAAUGGAUAUCUGGCUCAUGAGGUGUACGUACGUGUACAAUCUCCGUGACCGUGGAGGGUACUUUUAUCACAUGCAUGUUCGUUGAAUUUCGAAUAAUGUUAUUAUUUAAGUCUUUGUAAUAAGAUAUAAAUAUAUAUAUCUUUGAUCGAGUACUUUUGAAUUUGUGUGUAAUUUGGAAUAAUGUUAUUUAAGUCUUUGCAAUAAGAUAUGCAAUAUCCUUGAUCCAUCGAACUCUAUAUAUGUUUGGUGUGUAAUUUGUCAACAAUAAAAAUAAUAUAAUGUUUACUUGUUAUGCUGGAA